AUGAUCAACUCGAAUCUGCUUGACACUUUGAAGGAAGAUGCCAUUGAUGUGGCCAUUGUUUACUCAGGCAAUCCAUGUCAGCUCGCUUUGGCGCAUGUGUUAGCAGUUCCUGUAAUCUACUACGAUCUCGAAGGCCUCUCUGAUGAGACCCUGAUAGCCUCGAAUUCUCCGCUUGACUCAAGUGUUCCUCCAGCAAAAUGCUUCCUACCCGAUAUAAGCUCAUCUUAUGCAUUUUCACGGCUACGCAAUGGAAUUUGCUGUUUGAGAGAGUACCUCGUACAAAGUGGCAUUCCUCUACUAUCAAAACUGCUUUCCAAAAAAUAUCGUCAACUUGACGAUCCCAUUUCUACGAUGUUCGCGGAGGACUACGAAUUUAAAAAGAGAUUCUGCGGAUUUCCUCUGACUACUACAUUAUUGCAAUCCAGCUCUUUAUUCUACGCCAAUACCGAUCCCUUGCUUGAGCAUCCACGGGCUCUUUCGCCAAGAGUAAUACCUGUAGGAGGACUAUAUAUCGACCACCCUAAGCCACUAUUCGAAGUAGGAUCACUAACUGCCUUACAAAUUUUCUUUAAGGGUAAUAGUAAAACACAUGAGACCUUUUCAAUCGCUAUAUGA